AUGGACGCAAUGCAAGAGAAAGAGCAAGAGCGAGACUGGCACCACAAGGGUUCGGCAUGCUUUACACCAGUUGAUACAUGUUGUAUGACAUGGUGGUGUCCCUGCAUUGUCUAUGGCCGCACCCGUCACCGCAUGAACACAAACGGCGACAUGAGCAAGUACUCCUGCUGCAAUACAAGCUGCGCUGCCUUUGCCGGUAUGGCCUGCGCAGGACUGGCUUGGAUCUUACCGCUGACCAACCGCGGCGAGGUCCGCGCAAAGUACAACUUGACCGGCAACGGCUGCAAGGACGUUCUUUGCGCGUGCUUAUGCUCACCUUGCGAUCUCAUGCAACAGGACAAGGAGGUCCAGCAUCGCGAGGAGGAGGCCAAGAUGCUACUGGGUCAGCCUGGAAAGAGGGACUCGAUGAAUUACGUGCCGCAGUAG